CUGUCCUCACCUCCUCCCCCUUGGAUUAUUUCCCUUGCUCUUGUCCGUGAUUUGGAAUUCUUCCUCAAACCAUUGUCCUUCUGACCCCGAUCAUUCAUCUCUCACAUUUAUUAUCUUCCAUCUUUGAAUCAUGGCCGCCCGUCGGUCUAUUGUCCGUUCCAUCCCCGCUCUCCGCGCCGCAUCUCCCCGCACGGCCGUGGCCACCUCCAGAUCUGUAGCUGCAGCUUCGGCCUCGCGGCGCCUUUCUACUGUUAUAAUGCCCUCGUCGUCCUCGACAUCUUCUCCUGCAACAUCUAAGCUCUCCUCAUCUUCACCUGCCACCAUGUCAGCAACACGUCGACUCCACGCCACCGCCCAGCAGUUCACCCCCGCAACUACCUCCGCGGCUACUACCGCCACCGAGUACCCGACGGACCAUAGCCCCAUCGCCAACCCCAUCGACACCGCUAAUUUCCUGGACAACCAGUUUGUUGCUUCCAAGGCUACCACCUGGAUCGACCUGCACGAUCCUGCCACCAACAACCUCGUUACUCGCGUGCCGCAAAGCACCGAUGAGGAACUCCGUGCCGCCGUCGAGUCGGCCGAGAAGGCCUUCCCAGCCUGGCGCGCUACCAGCGUUAUUGCCAAGCAGCAGAUCAUGUUCAAGUUCGUGAGCUUGAUUCGUGCCAACUGGGACCGACUUGCUGCAUCCAUCACCCUCGAGCAGGGCAAGACCUUUGCCGAUGCCAAGGGUGAUGUUCUCCGCGGCCUUCAAGUCGCCGAAACAGCAUGUGGUAUUACCACCCAGCUCACGGGCGAGGUGCUCGAAGUGGCCAAGGAUAUGGAGACCAGGAGCUACAGAGAGCCCCUGGGUGUGGUUGCUGCCAUUUGUCCUUUCAACUUCCCCGCAAUGAUCCCCCUGUGGUGCAUCCCCAUCGCUACCGUGACGGGCAACUGUCUCAUCCUUAAGCCAUCUGAGCGGGACCCCGGAGCUGCAAUGAUUCUGGCCGAGCUGGCCCGGGAAGCAGGCUUCCCUCCCGGCGUCAUCAACAUUGUCCACGGCUCGGCCAAGACUGUCGACUUCAUCCUCGACGAACCCGCCAUCAAGGCCAUCAGCUUCGUCGGUAGCAACCGCGCCGGAGAGUACAUCUACACCCGCGGCUCUGCCAAUGGCAAGCGUGUCCAGGCCAACCUGGGCGCUAAGAACCAUGCCGCCGUAGUCCCCGACUGCAACAAGAACCAGACCCUCAACGCCCUCGUCGGAGCGGCAUUUGGUGCUGCCGGACAACGCUGCAUGGCCCUCAGCACAGUGGUCAUGGUCGGCGAGACCCAGGAAUGGCUUCCUGAGAUGGCCGAACGGGCCAAGGCACUGCACGUCAACGGAGGCUUCGAAGAAGGCGCCGACCUCGGCCCUGUCAUCAGCCCUGAAAGCAAGAAGCGCAUCGAGGACCUGAUCGCCAGCGCCGAAGAAGAGGGUGCGACCAUCCUCCUCGACGGCAGAGGCUACAAGCCUGAGAAGUACCCCAACGGCAACUUUGUCGGCCCCACCAUCAUCACCAACGUAACCCCCGAAAUGAAGUGCUACAAGGAAGAAAUCUUCGGCCCCGUCCUCGUCUGCCUGUCCGUGCCCACACUAGACGAUGCCAUCGAGCUCAUCAACAAGAACGAGUACGGAAACGGAGCUGCCAUCUUCACCCGCUCCGGAUCUACUGCCUCCCGCUUCCAGAAGGACAUCGAGGCCGGCCAGGUUGGCGUGAAUGUGCCCAUCCCUGUGCCGUUGCCCAUGUUCUCUUUCACCGGUAACAAGAAGAGUAUUGCCGGUGGUGGUGCUAACACUUUCUAUGGUAAGCCCGGGUUGCAGUUCUAUACCCAGCAGAAGACGGUGACUAGUUUGUGGAGGAGUGAGGAUGCUGUUAGCACUAAGGCUCAUACCGUUAUGCCUACUCAUUCGUGAGGGGGUUUGUUUGUCGGUUGGUUGGACUGGGAUUUAUGAUAUUUAGGUUGCAUCGGACAUGAUCGUUUUUUAUUAUAAAAUACCAUUCAGUUUAUGAUUUCGGGUUCCUGGCUGUAUGGCAUCGUUUUAGUCAAUCGCAUACUCCAAUUCGUCUCUGCGUUCAUCUGCUUAUACUAUCCUCGUGUGGAUGUGGUCGAUAUUUUAACCGAAACGUGCUGUCUGCAUGUGAUCUAAUAUGGUCUUCUACGCGUUGUGCUACUAUUCCAGUUUGGAUGAUUUACGAAAUAUAUUGGGAUAUUGAAACAUAAUGAUACUUUAUUGUGUGGGGCAUCUCUAGUCAGAACCAGUGCGGACAGUAUGUCUGCAGUCACAGCUUGCAAUGGAGCC